AUGGUUUUUUCUCUUCAUUCUGUAGAAGGCUACUUCAUCUACCAAGAAGCAAGCAACCUGAUCCCGUUCGACAUCAACAGGCUUGAGAGCCCAGAAACUCUGGUUUCUGAAAAAAUAUGCAUAGACUUCUGGUACUACAUGUUUGGGUCAGAAGACAUGAAUGAGCUGAGAGUAAUUUUUGAGGCUGUUCGAGGACUGACGGAGUAUGGGGACACGGCACUGGACAACGUGAGAGUAAGGGAUGGACCCUGCGAAGCAAUCUGCAGCGUAUACGGAGAUCCUCAUUACUACACGUUUGACAACCAGCGUCAUGACUUCAUGGGCACCUGCACCUACACCCUCUCCAAGCUGUGUGAGAGCAAUGGCUCACUGCCCUACUUCAAUGUGGAAGCAGCCAAUGAGCACAGGGGAAGCAAUACCCGUGUGUCUUACGUCCGGUAUGUGGACAUCGAUGUGUAUGGCUACAGGAUCAACCUGGGUCAGAAGAAAGUUGUUAAGGUUGAUGGAGUCAGCCAGGUGCUCCCUGUGACUUUGGCACAAGGUGUCAAUAUUUCCAUCAGUGGGCAGUAUGUUGUGGUCGCCACUGACUUUGGGCUGAAUGUCAGGUUUGAUGGAAACCACAGAGUAGAAAUCACUCUUCCCAGCACCUUUAUGUCUAAGGUCUGUGGAAUGUGUGGAAAUUACAACGGGCACAAAGCAGAUGACUUCCUUAACCCAGAUGGAGAGAUGGAAGAAAACUCAGCCAGCUUUGGCAACAGCUGGCAAGUUUACAAUGACUCCAGGUGCUUGCCAGAUGAUGGCCACACUCCAAAUUGCACCGCUGAUGAGAAACUGAUGAUCCAAAGCAAUGAAUACUGUGGUCUGAUCACAGAUCCCAACGGUCCGUUCCAGAGCUGCCACUCAGUAGUCAACCCACAAAGUUAUUCUGAAGCCUGCCAGUAUGAUCUCUGUGAACUUCAUCUGGACAAUGCAGCCCUCUGUGAAAACCUGCAGGCUUAUGCAGAUGUGUGCCAAGCUGCAGGGGUCCAGCUGACACCGUGGAGAAAUGCAACCUUUUGCCCACUAACCUGUCCGACCAACAGUCACUACGAGCCCUGUGCGGCAGCCUGCCCUGCCACCUGUGCUGACCCGAUGGCACCCUACACCUGCAAGCUGCCGUGCGUGGAGAGCUGCGUGUGUGACAGCGGCUACCUGCUCUACAACGACCGCUGCGUGCCCAGCCAGCAGUGCGGCUGCUGGCACAAGGGGCAGCACUACCCUGUGGGCUCAGAGUUCUGGACGGACAACACCUGCUCGUCCAGGUGCAGGUGUCCCGCACGCGGAAGCAAAGUGCAGUGCUCCAGUGCCUCUUGCCCUGAGGGCCAGUACUGCGGGGUGCAGGAUGGGCAACCUCAGUGCCUCCAAGAAUCCUACGGCAUCUGCCACGUCCACGGUGACCCUCACUACAACACCUUUGACAAGCUGACACACAACUUCAUGGGCAACUGCACCUACACCCUGGCCAAAGUGUGCUCCAACACCAGCUCCCUGCCCUACUUCAACGUUGAGGCCAAGAACGAGCAUCGUGGCAGCCCCAGGGUGUCCUAUGUGCGGGAGGUCCAGGUUGAGGUGUACGGACAGCGCGUUCGGAUGGUCAAGAAAGAGAAGAGCCAAGUGCUGGUGAACAACGUGCGCCAGACCCUGCCGGUGAGCGCAGCGGGAGGUGCCCUGACUGUGAGCAGGAGCGGCCGCUACAUCGUCCUGGAGACAGACUUCAAGCUCCAAGUGUCCUACGACACUGACCACUCUGUGGAAGUGAAGGUGCCCACCGCCUACUUCAACCUGACCUGUGGCAUGUGCGGGAACUUCAACAACCGGAAAGAGGACGACUACAUGAUGCCCAGUGGGCAGCAGGCCCCAGACUCCAAUGCGCUGGGGGAGAGCUGGCAGGUCCCAGACGAUGACCCCUCUUGCGGUGUCCCUGUCCCCAUCCCACCAUGCAGUUCCGACAAGGAGGAGCUCUACCAAUCGCAGCAGUUCUGUGGCAUGCUGACUGCCAGUCCCGGAGCCUUUGAGAGGUGCCACGGUGUGAUCAACCCCCAGAGCUACUUUGAGACCUGCUCCUAUGACCUUUGUGCCCUGGGCGGUGGGCAGGAGUUCCUGUGUGCUGCUCUGGAGGCCUACGCUGACGCAUGCCAGGCCGCCGGCGUGACUCUUGCUCCCUGGAGGAACGCCACCUUCUGCCCUAUCAUGUGCCCUCCCAAUAGUCAUUACAACCCAUGCACCAGUGCUUGUCCAGCAACCUGCACUGACCCUCUUGCAUCAGAGAACUGCAGCAAACCUUGUGUAGAAGGAUGUGAAUGCAACAAUGGUUUUGUCAUCAGCGGGGGACAGUGUGUGUCCACGAGCAACUGCGGCUGCCUGCAGAAUGGCAAAUACUAUGAGGUGAACGGAGUUCAGGUUUCUCUUCCUGUGGCUUUGAAUGAUGGAGCCCGAGUAGAAAAAAAAGGACAGUAUGUGGUUAUUGAUACCUCUAUAGGAAUCCAAGUUAAGUUUGAUGGUGACCAGGAGCUUUUCAUUCUGGCUGAUGAAAGUCUCAAAGGACAGCUGUGUGGUCUGUGUGGAACAUUCAAUGACAACCAACUGGAUGAUUUUCUAACACCAGAUAAAGUCCUAGAGCAGGAUCCAAAUAAAUUUGGUGACAGCUGGCUAGUGAAGGAUGACAGCUGGAUGUGUAAUCCAGUUUCAGUUGCACCACCCACUUGUGACACAGCAGAAGAGAAAGAAUAUGAAGAGCUCUGCAAAGUCAUUUUGAAAAACAGUGGGCCUUUUGAGGCCUGCCAUUGGCACGUUCCCCCUCAGGCAUACUUUGAGAGCUGUGUCUAUGACCUGUGUGCCACAGAGGGGAGUUCUGAGCAAUAUUGCAAGAUUUUAGAGGCAUAUGCUGCUGCCUGUGAGCUUGAAGGUGUAAAUCUAGGUGACUGGAGGAAAGACACCAUCUGUGAUGGCUACUACAUCUACCUGCAAGGCAGUGAUGACUCUGCUGGCUUUGUGGGCCAGCUGGUCAGCCCCGUGUGCAGCUCAGAAGGACCUCACUGCUUCCGCUUCUGGUACCACAUGCACGGAACGGCUGAAACCAUGGGCCUGAGGGUGUAUGUGGUGAAGGAGGACGAGCUAGUGCUGGUCUGGGAAAGAACUGGGACCCAUGGGGACGAAUGGCACUUGGGAGAGGUGACAGUGCAUGGCACAGGAGACAUGCAGAUUAUCCUGGAGGGACAGUGGGGUGAAGAUAUCCGGAGUGAUGUGGCAUUGGAUGAUCUGUCCAUUGAACAGGGAUCCUGUGCAGGCGAUGUGACUCCUACAACACCAAGCACCACCACCCCUUCAGGAACCACACCAGUACCAAUGCCAGACUCAGGGACGUGUGUGGUGGAAGGAGACCCUCACUACCACACAUUUGACAAUCAGCUACACAACUUCAUGGGCACCUGCACCUACACCCUCUCCAAGCUGUGUCAGCGUGACAGCUCGCUGCCCUACUUCAAUGUGGAAGCAGCCAAUGAGCACAGGGGAGGCAACACUCGCGUGUCCUACGUGCGAUACGUGGAUGUCGAUGUGUACGGCCAGCGGAUCAGGCUGGGCAAGGCUGGAGUGGUGACGGUGAACGGAGUGCCAGAGGUCCUGCCCUGCUUCCCAUCUGCAGGCGUGCAGGUCUCGUUCAGUGGAUUCUACACUGUGGUCACAACAGACUUUGGCUUGAGGGUGAAGUUUGAUGGGAACCAUCGGGUGGAGGUGACGCUGCCAAGCACCUUUGGGGAGAAGGUUUGUGGCAUGUGUGGGAACUACAACGGGAUGGCAGCAGACGACUUCCUGAACCCAGAAGGGGAGCUGGAGCCUGACUCUACCAGCCUGGGAAACAGCUGGCAGGUGUCCAACGACAGCAGCUGCUCAGCCGGACCAGUUCCCACUCCAGCCUGCAAUGAGACUGACAAGCAAGCCAUUGCCAGCAGCCGCUUCUGUGGGCUUCUCACUGACACCAGUGGCCCGUUCAAGCAGUGCCACGCUGUGCUGAGCCCCAGUGCUUACUUUGACACCUGCUCCUAUGACCUGUGUGAGCUGGGGCUGGAUCACGAGGUCCUGUGCAAGAGCUUGCAGUCCUACGUGGAUGCCUGCAUGUCACUGGGUGUCAAGAUCCCUGUGUGGAGGAACGCAACCUUCUGCCCCAUCACCUGUCCGACCAACAGUCACUACGAGCCUUGUGCUGCAGCCUGCCCUGCCACCUGUGCUGACCCGAUGGCUCCCGCUAGCUGCAAGCUGCCGUGCGUGGAGGGCUGCGUGUGUGACAGCGGCUACCUGCUCUACAACGACCGCUGCGUGCCCAGCCAGCAGUGCGGCUGCUGGCACAAGGGGCAGCACUACCCUGUGGGCUCAGAGUUCUGGACGGACAACACCUGCUCGUCCAGGUGCAGGUGUCCCGCACGCGGAAGCAAAGUGCAGUGCUCCAGUGCCUCUUGCCCUGAGGGCCAGUACUGCGGGGUGCAGGAUGGGCAACCUCAGUGCCUCCAAGAAUCCUACGGCAUCUGCCACGUCCACGGUGACCCUCACUACAACACCUUUGACAAGCUGACACACAACUUCAUGGGCAACUGCACCUACACCCUGGCCAAAGUGUGCUCCAACACCAGCUCCCUGCCCUACUUCAACGUUGAGGCCAAGAACGAGCAUCGUGGCAGCCCCAGGGUGUCCUAUGUGCGGGAGGUCCAGGUUGAGGUGUACGGACAGCGCGUUCGGAUGGUCAAGAAAGAGAAGAGCCAAGUGCUGGUGAACAACGUGCGCCAGACCCUGCCGGUGAGCGCAGCGGGAGGUGCCCUGACUGUGAGCAGGAGCGGCCGCUACAUCGUCCUGGAGACAGACUUCAAGCUCCAAGUGUCCUACGACGCUGACCACUCUGUGGAAGUGAAGGUGCCCACCGCCUACUUCAACCUGACCUGUGGCAUGUGCGGGAACUUCAACAACCGGAAAGAGGACGACUACAUGAUGCCCAGUGGGCAGCAGGCCCCAGACUCCAAUGCGCUGGGGGAGAGCUGGCAGGUCCCAGACGAUGACCCCUCUUGCGGCGUCCCUGUCCCCAUCCCACCAUGCAGUUCCGACAAGGAGGAGCUCUACCAAUCGCAGCAGUUCUGUGGCAUGCUGACUGCCAGUCCCGGAGCCUUUGAGAGGUGCCACGGUGUGAUCAACCCCCAGAGCUACUUUGAGACCUGCUCCUAUGACCUUUGUGCCCUGGGCGGUGGGCAGGAGUUCCUGUGUGCUGCUCUGGAGGCCUACGCUGACGCAUGCCAGGCCGCCGGUGUGACUCUUGCUCCCUGGAGGAACGCCACCUUCUGCCCUUUGCCAUGCCCUGCCAACAGCUACUACGACCCCUGCAUGACGGGCUGUCCUGCCACCUGUGCUGACCGAGAAGCCCCACAGAGCUGCUCCAAGCCCUGCAUGGAGGGGUGUGCUUGUACCUCUGGCUUCCUCCUCAGCGGAGACACCUGUGUGCCUGAGGCCCGCUGUGGCUGCCUCUUUGAGGGCAACUACUACAGCGAGGGAGAAUAUUCCGUGAGCGAGAACUGCAGCCGCCAGUGCCGCUGUGCAGCCAACGGCCAGAUGGUUUGCUCUGCGCUGUCCUGUGCUGAGGACGAGGUCUGCAAGAUCCAGAAUGGCCAGAGGGGCUGUUACCCAGCCAGCACUGCUGUCUGCCACAUCUACGGUGACCCCCAUUACAGCACCUUCGAUGGGAAGCUUCACCACUUCCAGGGCUCCUGCAACUACACAGUGGUGACAGGCUGUGACAGCUCCUCCGUCGGCUUCAGCCUCACCACUCGCAACGAGCAUCGGGGCAGCCAGAGCUGGACAGCUCUCAACUCUGUGGCACUGUCCAUGGAAGGUCUCCACAUUGCACUGCUCAAGAACAAGGCGGUCUACAUAAACGGUGCUCCAGCCCUCCUGCCUGCUUCUCCUGCUCCCGGUGUGAACGUUUCCCUGCGUGGCUCCUACGUGCAGGUUUCUACCAAGCUGGGCCUGCAGCUGCAGUUUGAUGGGGACCAGGAGCUUCUCGUGAAGGUGUCUGAGAAGCACAAGGGCAAGCUCUGUGGGCUGUGUGGGACGUACACUGGGAGCCAGCAGGACGACUUCAUGCGACCCGAUGGGGUUGUCGUGCCUGACUUCAAUGAAUUUGGAGCCAGCUGGAUGGUGCCGGAUGACGAGUGGCCAUGUGACCCAGCCAUCAGCCCUCCUGCAUCCUGCUCCCCCUCCGAGGAGGAGGCAGCUAACAAGCAGUGUGCAAUCCUCACACAACUCAGUGGCCCGUUCCAGCCCUGCCAUGCGGUUCUGCCACCCAAGACAUACUUUGAGAGCUGUGUCUAUGACCAGUCCUUCAACACCAAUACCCACGGUGCCUUCUACAACCACUACAACACAGCCUCCAAGCACCCCAUCCACACCAACACCCACGGUGCCUUCGACAACCACUACAACACAGCCUCCAAGCACCCCAUCAACACCAACACCUACAGUUCCUUCUACAACCACUACAACACAGCCUCCAAGUACACCAUCAACACCAAGGACCACACCCAGCUCAGGCUCUUUGUAACCAUGUUACUGGACAUGACACCCACUCUUCUUGUGCACUUCCACUUAGCCAGCCAUUCUCACCUGGCCCCAACUCCCAGCACAGACUGCAAUUUCACCUGCACAUUCGAAAAUGACUUCUGUGCAUGGACCCAGCCAGACUCUAACAGCAUUGACUGGAUAAGGAACAAGGGGCCAACGCCCACGCCAAAUACCGGCCCCUCUUCUGACCACACAACGGGAGAUGGCUACUACAUCUACCUGCAAGGCAGCGAUGACUCUGCUGGCUUUGUGGGCCAGCUGGUCAGCCCCGUGUGCAGCUCAGAAGGACCUCACUGCUUCCGCUUCUGGUACCACAUGCACGGAACGGCUGAAACCAUGGGCCUGAGGGUGUAUGUGGUGAAGGAGGACGAGCUAGUGCUGGUCUGGGAAAGAACUGGGACCCAUGGGGACGAAUGGCACUUGGGAGAGGUGACAGUGCAUGGCACAGGAGACAUGCAGAUUAUCCUGGAGGGACAGUGGGGUGAAGAUAUCCGGAGUGAUGUGGCAUUGGAUGAUCUGUCCAUUGAACAGGGAUCCUGUGCAGGCGAUGUGACUCCUACAACACCAAGCACCACCACCCCUUCAGGAACCACACCAGUACCAAUGCCAGACUCAGGGACGUGUGUGGUGGAAGGAGACCCUCACUACCACACAUUUGACAAUCAGCUACACAACUUCAUGGGCACCUGCACCUACACCCUCUCCAAGCUGUGUCAGCGUGACAGCUCGCUGCCCUACUUCAAUGUGGAAGCAGCCAAUGAGCACAGGGGAGGCAACACUCGCGUGUCCUACGUGCGAUACGUGGAUGUCGAUGUGUACGGCCAGCGGAUCAGGCUGGGCAAGGCUGGAGUGGUGACGGUGAACGGAGUGCCAGAGGUCCUGCCCUGCUUCCCAUCUGCAGGCGUGCAGGUCUCGUUCAGUGGAUUCUACACUGUGGUCACAACAGACUUUGGCUUGAGGGUGAAGUUUGAUGGGAACCAUCGGGUGGAGGUGACGCUGCCAAGCACCUUUGGGGAGAAGGUUUGUGGCAUGUGUGGGAACUACAACGGGAUGGCAGCAGACGACUUCCUGAACCCAGAAGGGGAGCUGGAGCCUGACUCUACCAGCCUGGGAAACAGCUGGCAGGUGUCCAACGACAGCAGCUGCUCAGCCGGACCAGUUCCCACUCCAGCCUGCAAUGAGACUGACAAGCAAGCCAUUGCCAGCAGCCGCUUCUGUGGGCUUCUCACUGACACCAGUGGCCCGUUCAAGCAGUGCCACGCUGUGCUGAGCCCCAGUGCUUACUUUGACACCUGCUCCUAUGACCUGUGUGAGCUGGGGCUGGAUCACGAGGUCCUGUGCAAGAGCUUGCAGUCCUACGUGGAUGCCUGCAUGUCACUGGGUGUCAAGAUCCCUGUGUGGAGGAACGCAACCUUCUGCCCCAUCACCUGUCCGACCAACAGUCACUACGAGCCUUGUGCUGCAGCCUGCCCUGCCACCUGUGCUGACCCGAUGGCUCCCGCUAGCUGCAAGCUGCCGUGCGUGGAGGGCUGCGUGUGUGACAGCGGCUACCUGCUCUACAACGACCGCUGCGUGCCCAGCCAGCAGUGCGGCUGCUGGCACAAGGGGCAGCACUACCCUGUGGGCUCAGAGUUCUGGACGGACAACACCUGCUCGUCCAGGUGCAGGUGUCCCGCACGCGGAAGCAAAGUGCAGUGCUCCAGUGCCUCUUGCCCUGAGGGCCAGUACUGCGGGGUGCAGGAUGGGCAACCUCAGUGCCUCCAAGAAUCCUACGGCAUCUGCCACGUCCACGGUGACCCUCACUACAACACCUUUGACAAGCUGACACACAACUUCAUGGGCAACUGCACCUACACCCUGGCCAAAGUGUGCUCCAACACCAGCUCCCUGCCCUACUUCAACGUUGAGGCCAAGAACGAGCAUCGUGGCAGCCCCAGGGUGUCCUAUGUGCGGGAGGUCCAGGUUGAGGUGUACGGACAGCGCGUUCGGAUGGUCAAGAAAGAGAAGAGCCAAGUGCUGGUGAACAACGUGCGCCAGACCCUGCCGGUGAGCGCAGCGGGAGGUGCCCUGACUGUGAGCAGGAGCGGCCGCUACAUCGUCCUGGAGACAGACUUCAAGCUCCAAGUGUCCUACGACGCUGACCACUCUGUGGAAGUGAAGGUGCCCACAGCCUACUUCAACCUGACCUGUGGCAUGUGCGGGAACUUCAACAACCGGAAAGAGGACGACUACAUGAUGCCCAGUGGGCAGCAGGCCCCAGACUCCAAUGCGCUGGGGGAGAGCUGGCAGGUCCCAGACGAUGACCCCUCUUGCGGCGUCCCUGUCCCCAUCCCACCAUGCAGUUCCGACAAGGAGGAGCUCUACCAAUCGCAGCAGUUCUGUGGCAUGCUGACUGCCAGUCCCGGAGCCUUUGAGAGGUGCCACGGUGUGAUCAACCCCCAGAGCUACUUUGAGACCUGCUCCUAUGACCUUUGUGCCCUGGGCGGUGGGCAGGAGUUCCUGUGUGCUGCUCUGGAGGCCUACGCUGACGCAUGCCAGGCCGCCGGUGUGACUCUUGCUCCCUGGAGGAACGCCACCUUCUGCCCUUUGCCAUGCCCUGCCAACAGCUACUACGACCCCUGCAUGACGGGCUGUCCUGCCACCUGUGCUGACCGAGAAGCCCCACAGAGCUGCUCCAAGCCCUGCAUGGAGGGGUGUGCUUGUACCUCUGGCUUCCUCCUCAGCGGAGACACCUGUGUGCCUGAGGCCCGCUGUGGCUGCCUCUUUGAGGGCAACUACUACAGCGAGGGAGAAUAUUCCGUGAGCGAGAACUGCAGCCGCCAGUGCCGCUGUGCAGCCAACGGCCAGAUGGUUUGCUCUGCGCUGUCCUGUGCUGAGGACGAGGUCUGCAAGAUUCAGAAUGGCCAGAGGGGCUGUUACCCAGCCAGCACUGCUGUCUGCCACAUCUACGGUGACCCCCAUUACAGCACCUUCGAUGGGAAGCUUCACCACUUCCAGGGCUCCUGCAACUACACAGUGGUGACAGGCUGUGACAGCUCCUCCGUCGGCUUCAGCCUCACCACUCGCAACGAGCAUCGGGGCAGCCAGAGCUGGACAGCUCUCAACUCUGUGGCACUGUCCAUGGAAGGUCUCCACAUUGCACUGCUCAAGAACAAGGCGGUCUACAUAAACGGUGCUCCAGCCCUCCUGCCUGCUUCUCCUGCUCCCGGCGUGAACGUUUCCCUGCGUGGCUCCUACGUGCAGGUUUCUACCAAGCUGGGCCUGCAGCUGCAGUUUGAUGGGGACCAGGAGCUUCUCGUGAAGGUGUCUGAGAAGCACAAGGGCAAGCUCUGUGGGCUGUGUGGGACGUACACUGGGAGCCAGCAGGACGACUUCAUGCGACCCGAUGGGGUUGUCGUGCCUGACUUCAAUGAAUUUGGAGCCAGCUGGAUGGUGCCGGAUGACGAGUGGCCAUGUGACCCAGCCAUCAGCCCUCCUGCAUCCUGCUCCCCCUCCGAGGAGGAGGCAGCUAACAAGCAGUGUGCAAUCCUCACACAACUCAGUGGCCCGUUCCAGCCCUGCCAUGUGGUUCUGCCACCCAAGACAUACUUUGAGAGCUGUGUCUAUGACCAGUCCUUCAACACCAAUACCCACGGUGCCUUCUACAACCACUACAACACAGCCUCCAAGCACCCCAUCCACACCAACACCCACGGUGCCUUCGACAACCACUACAACACAGCCUCCAAGCACCCCAUCAACACCAACACCUACAGUUCCUUCUACAACCACUACAACACAGCCUCCAAGUACACCAUCAACACCAAGGACCACACCCAGCUCAGGCUCUUUGUAACCAUGUUACUGGACAUGACACCCACUCUUCUUGUGCACUUCCACUUAGCCAGCCAUUCUCACCUGGCCCCAACUCCCAGCACAGACUGCAAUUUCACCUGCACAUUCGAAAAUGACUUCUGUGCAUGGACCCAGCCAGACUCUAACAGCAUUGACUGGAUAAGGAACAAGGGGCCAACGCCCACGCCAAAUACCGGCCCCUCUUCUGACCACACAACGGGAGAUGGCUACUACAUCUACCUGCAAGGCAGCGAUGACUCUGCUGGCUUUGUGGGCCAGCUGGUCAGCCCCGUGUGCAGCUCAGAAGGACCUCACUGCUUCCGCUUCUGGUACCACAUGCACGGAACGGCUGAAACCAUGGGCCUGAGGGUGUAUGUGGUGAAGGAGGACGAGCUAGUGCUGGUCUGGGAAAGAACUGGGACCCAUGGGGACGAAUGGCACUUGGGAGAGGUGACAGUGCAUGGCACAGGAGACAUGCAGAUUAUCCUGGAGGGACAGUGGGGUGAAGAUAUCCGGAGUGAUGUGGCAUUGGAUGAUCUGUCUGUCAACACCAAGACCCACGGUCCCUACAACAAGCACUACGACGCAGCUUUCCAGCACACCAUCAACACCAGCACCCACAGUCCCCUCUACAACCACUACUACACAGCCUCCAAGCACACCAUCAACACCAACACCUACAGUCCCCUCUACGACCACUACAACACAGCCUCCAAGCACACCAUCAACGCCGACAUCCACAGUCCCCCCUACAAGCACUACAACACAGCCUCCAAGCACACCAUCAACACCAACACCCACAGUCCCCCCUACAAGCACUACAACACAGCCUCCAAGCACACCAUCAACACCGACACCCACAGUCCCUCCUACAAGCACUACAACACAGCCUCCAAGCACACCAUCCACACCGACACCCACAGUCCCCCCUACAAGCACUACAACACAGCCUCCAAGCACACCAUCAACACUGACACCCACAGUCCCCCCUACAAGCACUACAACACAGCCUCCAAGCACACCAUCAACACCAACACCCACAGUGCCCUCUACAACCACUACAACGCUGCCUCCACAUCCACCAUCAACACCAAGACCAACACCCAGCUCAGUGCCUCUGGGGAUCCACACUACAACACUUUUGACCACAGAGUUCAUAAUUUCAUGGGAAAUUGCACUUACACCCUCUCCAAAGUGUGUAAUGUCUCUGAGAGGGUUCCAUACUUCGAUGUGUCCACAACAAAUGAGCACCGAGGAGCCAACACCAGGGUCUCUUAUGUGAAGUCAGUGCAAGUGGAAGUCUACGGCAACCAGAUUUCCUUGCUGAAAAACAAGAAAGUGAAUGUGAACGGCAGGAGAGUGAAUCUGCCUGUAUUUAUUGAGGAGAAGAUCAGUAUUCAAAGCAGUGGUGGAUAUGUUCUUGUGGAAACUGACUUUGGACUGUGGGUGAGAUACGACGGCAAUCACUACGCAGAAGUCUCUGUGCCCUCUAAUUACAGUGGUCUGCUCUGCGGCCUCUGCGGUAAUUAUAAUGGUGAUCCAAAUGAUGACAACAUAAAGCCCAGUGGUGACAUUGCAAGUGGAUCCAAUGAUCUUGGACAGAGCUGGCUGGUGCCUGAUGGUAACAGCUGGUGCUCCACUGGUACAGAAGAGCAGUGUGAUCCUGUGCUGGAGAACGAAGCAAAGAAAAACACAGCAUGUGGCAUGAUCACAGACCCAACAGGUAGUAUGCUGGAAGUUCCCUGUCAAGCAAUAUGUCAAGUGGCUGGAGAUCCUCACUAUCUCACUUUUGAUGGAAGGAUGUACACUUUCAUGGGUACCUGCACCUACACCUUGGUUGAGGUUGUCAACACCAACAGUGCCACUCCUAUAACCAUCCGUGGCAAGAAUGAGGACAGAGGGCUUAGAGGCGCCACAUACCUUAAAGAAGUCUACAUAGAUGUGUAUGGCAUACGGAUCACCCUCCAGAAGAACCAGGGAAUCCUGCUGAACAAUGAGAGAGUCAACACUCCACUGGAGAACCGGGUGCGAGGUGUGUCCGUUGGAAGUGUGGGCAGAUUCAUAGUAGUGGAAACUGACUUUGGUGUGAUAGUGAAAUUUGAUGGCAAUCACCACCUGGAAAUCACCCUCCCACAAACCUAUUUCUCCAAGGUACAAGGCAUGUGUGGCAACUUCAAUGAUAACCGUGAAGAUGAACUGGUCUUGCCCAACGGUACACUAGUUGGUGUCACAGAUUUCGGAAACAGCUGGAAAGUGGAGGCAGACAGUGAUGAGGGCUGCUUAUCAGACUCAAGGGAAGAUGAUGUUCCUCCUUGCACUGCUGCCAACAAACCAGACAUCGAAAGGCAGUGCAAUGUCCUAAAAUCAGACAAAUUCAAGGCCUGCCAUAACCUAGUCAAUCCUGAAGACUUCAUACAAAUGUGUGUCUAUGACAUGUGUCUGUAUGACGGCAUGAAGUCCGCUCUCUGCGACAUAGUUCAAGUCUAUGUGGACACCUGCAGGAGUCAUGGGAUCACCAUUAAAUGGAGGAACAGCACAUUCUGUCCACUGUCCUGUCCGCCCCACAACCAUUACACGGACUGUGUCUCUGCCUGCCCAUCCACAUGCAAUGACAUUUUUGCAUCUUCCCUUUGUGAGAAGACAGAGGAGUGCACAGAGGGUUGUGAGUGUGAUGAUAACUAUGUGCUCAGUAACGGCAAGUGUGUACCUCUGAGCAACUGUGGCUGCAGGGAUGAUGACAACAAUUAUUACAGUGCUGGGGAGACCUGGAUUACUCCACACUGUACCAGGAGAUGUGAGUGUCAGAAGAAUGGCGUCAUCAAGUGUAAGAGCUACAGCUGUGAUUCUGGAGAAACCUGUGUGAUCAAAAAUGGGAAACACAAGUGCAAUCCAACAGGCUUUGGGAAAUGCCGGAUCUUGGGGGAUCCACACUACACCACCUUUGAUGGCCUGGUGCACCACUUCCAAGGGAGAUACACAUACAUUAUGGCUCAGACCAUCCCUGGCCUACCUGAUACCCUGACACCAUUCAGAAUUGAAGGCACGAACUAUCCUUUCCGUCUGAGGCCACACCUUACUUACCUGAGAGAGGUUCUUGUGGAUGUUUACAAUCACACAGUGAGAUUCAUGCAGAACAAGAAGCUUGUGGUGGAUGGUGUGAAGGUGAGACCCCCUGCCCAUCCUCAUGAAGGUAUUCGUAUAUACCAGAGGACAACAAGAAUUUACCUGGAGACAGACUUUGGCUUAUACCUGAGCUUUGAUGGCAGUCAAAAUGCAGAUAUCAAGCUGGCCAACACCUACAGAAGCAGAGUGGAAGGCUUGUGUGGUGACUUUGAUGGGAGACCUAGAAAUGACUUCAAAAAUCCCAAUGGUGUUGUGUACAGGAGUGUGAAUAUGUUUGGAGCCAGCUGGAAAGUCCCUCUGAAUAGGAACCCUGCUCGUCUCAGGCGAGAUGUAAACUCAGACGAUGAGUUUGAGGAGGAACUAGAUACAGGCCUCUUCCAAGGCUGUGGUGAAAAAGAGCUGGAGCAACAAAAUGGAAAUUCAAGAUGUCAAAUCCUGAUGGACUCCAACGGUCCCUUUGCAAAUUGCCACUCUACACUCUCACCUGAUUUCUAUUUCAUGAGCUGUCUGUUUGAUAUGUGUGCAAUAGGAGAUGAUGCUGCACUGUGUCAGAGUCUGGAAGAAUAUGUGCUGGCUUGUCAACAGCAAGGGGUCAGCAUGGGAGGCUGGAGGCAACAGACAGUUUGUGGUAUUUCAUGUCCUGCCAACAGCAACUACAGCUUGUGCACAUCUGCAUGCCCAGCAUCCUGCAAUGAUUUCACCAGCCCCUCUGAGUGUGAAUCCCCUUGUGUGGAAGGCUGUGAAUGUCUCCCUGGCUAUGUUCUUAGUGACUCUGACUGUGUGCCUUACAAAGAAUGUGGCUGCACGUACCUUGACAAGUACUAUGAGAUGGGAGAAAUAUUCAUCACUGAUGACUGCUCCCAGAGAUGCCAGUGCACAGAAAGCUCCACUGUCUCCUGCACUGCCCUAGGCUGUGAAUCUGGUGAAAUCUGUGGUAUUUCAAACUUCAGUCGUGGAUGCUACAGGAGUGGACCUUGCAUGCCAAACCCUUGUAAGAAUGAUGGAGUUUGCUCUGAAGAUACCAACAACAGCUCUGUCCCCUUCUCUUGUGAAUGUUCAGAACUGUACACAGGACCAGUCUGUGCAGAUGAAAGGAUAGCUGAAGACCCUUCCACAGGUAAUGCUGAACACAGUACAGUUGCCAUCGUGCUUGCAGUUGUAGCAGGCGUAGCUGUUAUCAUCAUUCUCACAGCCUCUGCAGUGGUCAUGCUCAGAGACAAGAGAAAUUCAGGUACACUUGAGAUAGAAGGGGGAUCUUCCUUGCAACGCUCCAGGGAUGCACUGGAUGGCAGAGUGCAGGAGCAGGAUUAUGGCUACGUCACGAACGCUGCGUUUGAUGACAAUGAGUCCUGA